AUGGCGGCGACACCUGAAGGCUUCCAUUCCACACCUCAAAACGACGAAGACGAAGAGGAAACUGUGAUGCACCGUUUAGUGCACAAAUGUGAACAGCGACUUAAGAGUCUCUCGCAUUCCGUGCAAAACUCAACAUCAGUGCGACAGGCCUUUGACAAUGUUGACAACUCAAGAGGGCGUUUCUCUGUGUGGGCAAAGAAUAUAGGGGCACACAAAGCCUCCAAGUCCACGAGCUCCCUAGAGUACCGGCUACGGGAUGGGGUGCAUAUGCGAAGCAGUAUCAUGCGUGCCUUGGUGGACAUCAAGGAAGCAUCAUGCUGGGCAAAGGAUAUAGCUGCGGGCGAACGUCCCGAUCGUACCAGUGAGCCGCUUGAAGCUUUCAAGGACGCUGAUAGAGACGACGAUUUCGUUGCAACCACCGAAUUCAGCGAGCUUCUGUCCAUCAUCCAAGCUUCGGUCGAUCGAUUAUUCCGACUUUCUAUGUUGAUUCGCCGCAAGCGUCCUCGGGGACGCGAGCCUACGGAAAUGGGGGCACAUGCUGUAGAUGCGACUAUGGACAUCCGACAUAUCAAGGACAAGUUUCCCAAAGUAAAGGCGGAAGAAUGGCUUGCUGUGCGCCUCGGCACCGCCAUAGCCAAACGAAGGGCAUUCAUCUCUUAUCGACAGCUGCACCAUCAGCGUUUGGCAAAGCAACAUAGAGACUCGACAGAGGAAGGCGCUGCUGGAUCGAAAACAGCACCAUCUACGAUAGCUACUACAUACGAAGAGGGUUCUCUCGAUAUUGAGCAGCAAGCGGCUAGUCUAGCCAGACUCAGCAUCGUCACUGGAAGCACAUCCUUUGCAACAGCUUUCGGGGGCGAUGAGAAUGGAGAUCUUUGUGUACCAGCUCUGAACCGACUGAAAUUUCACGGCAUCCAACUUGGGUAUGACAGCGCCUUUGAGUGCCCUUUCUGUAGGACUAUCCAGGUGGUAUCGUCUGAGCAUGAGUGGAGGAGACACAUCUUUUCCGACCUCCAGCCCUACGUCUGCACUUUUCAGAACUGCUCAUCAGAUUCUUUCUCUAGUAGACACGAGUGGUUCAACCACGAACUCGACUCUCAUAGAAAGCAGUGGCACUGUACCAAAUGCCACCACAUCAAUUUCACUUCAGCCUCCCAACUUCGAAGUCACUUCGACUCGACACAUCAAGGAUCGUUCACCGACGCCCAGUGGCCUUUGAUAUUGAAAGCCUGUAAGCGGACCUUGACGGCAUUCGGGCCCUCUUCAUGCCCCCUCUGUUUCACCUGGGCCCCCCCAAGAAGCGAGGCCUACAACGCCAAAGAGUUUUGCCGUCAUCUUGGGUCUCACCUUCAACAACUAGCUCUGACAGCGUUGCCAAUCGCGAUAGAAGGGUUGGUUAUUCUUGAAGAUGAGGGCCAUGAUACAAUCCCGGAUGCUUCAGACGACAAUGAGCAGGGUGCAGGAGAAGCCGUUGGUCCCGAUAUGUCAGCAGAGCCUCCAGAACGAGACAUACAACGCACACACGUCAAACUCGUUAAUAUCUCCGAGAAAGACAAAUAUUUGGUUUAUGUGGUAUUCAGCGAUGGGAAUGGGUGGGAGCUGAAAAGAGAGUAUCAAGAGUUUUACGACCUUCAAGCCAAACUCCUGGAACGGUUUCCUUACCAGCAGCACAGCUUCACUCCUCACGAGCAUAGCUUCCCUCCUUACGAGCAUAGUUCCACUCGGAAGUUACCAAAUCUCCCACUUCUACCUAGCCCCAUUAAUCACGUCACACUAGCCCUCACGGAAAGACAAGUGUCCAACAUCGACACGUACCUUACGUGCUUGGUCAACCUGCCCACUGACAUGUCCAGGUCGGAUCCAAUGUUGGAGUUCUUCAAACCACGAGAGGGGGACCGAAACCUUCCUGCCAACGAGUGGUGA